AGAAAACAUAAAAGAACAGCAAGUGCAAGAGCACACAUUCCAUCCUGCCUUGUAGAUUAACUAGCCUGUCAAACAAGAGCAAAGCAUCAGUGGGUAGAUAAGGUCUAUAAAGUAGACAGCCACUCAGUAAACAGCCUCGCAGACUAAACCUAGAAACGUCUACACUACAGCCGGGAUCAACGCUUUAAGAUCAAUCCACCAGCGGUCGAUCUAGCAGGUCUAGUGAAGACCUGCCAAAUUGACAGCAGAUCGCUCUCCAGUCAAUCCCGUACUCUACCCCCAAUGAGAAGAGUAAGUAAACUGGACAUUCUGGGCCAUCCCCAGGACUCUACUGCCUCCACAGUAUGGAUUCCACCAUGGCUUCAUGGGAACAAAAGAGGAUAGCAAGUAUUUUUGGAGAUAAAGCUUCAUUCAAUACCAAAAUACAGAACACAGCUUGUGACUAAACUAACUGUGAAACAGAAUUUUCCUAUGGUGGCUGCAUGAGAGUAACAAAACAAAGCAAAGCUCAGGUAAUGGCAUGUGAUAAGAAUCACUCAGUAAAAGAAGACAAGAUGCCUGGAAGCAUGAUGUCAGUAUCCUGCCAUAAGCACCAUUUCCUUUUGGUUGGCUUUCUUGGUUUCUGUCUUAACAGUUUUGUGAGAGGUCAAAAGAACAACACUCUGAUUUUCACCAAGGAAAACACAAUUCGCAAUUGCAGCUGUUUUGCUGAUAUCCAUGAUUGUGACUACAGCUUGGCAAACCUCAUGUGCAGUUGCAAAACCAUCUUGCCUUAUACAAUAGAUAGAGCCAGCUACCACAGUGACCUAACAAUCUGGUUCACAGAUACGACUGGGCUUGGAAUGCUGUUGAACUUUACAGUGGUGCAAUACCUGAAGCUUUCGCUCUGUGGCUCCACUCCUCUUCCAACAGAAUACCUGGCCAUUUUGGGAUUGCGAAAGCUGCAAAUAAACAGUGAGGUUAAGGGCCAAUUUCUAGAGCAAAAUUUAACAAUCUACCAUAGCAGCGACAAUGAGAUGAGAGACAAACUGAAGGUGCUACACAAAGACAGGCAAAUGUUUUUGUAUAUUUCUGUCUUGGAUACAUCUCUUUUCAACAGGUAUUCUUUACUGAAGUCCUACAGUGUGGAAAAUGUUUCCAGCAUUACAGACCACUUUCCAAGUCUGCCAUAUUCUGAUAUAUUUUCAACUACUAAUAACAAAAGCUACGUUGUAACAUUCAUUUACUGAAGUUGUUGAACAUGUUUCAGCGGUACAGUAAGAGGGCAUGUUAACCUAUCAUUAGAACAAGAUAUGGAGCUUUUGCAAGUCUGUUUUGUUUGAGCCAGAAAGGAAAGUAAGCGUGGGUCAGUUCUUACUGCACUCAAAAUGACAUUACUCACAAAAUGUGGGGUUCAAAAUAGUUUGAACACAGAUAAUUAAUUCUGUAACCUGUUUCUUAGAGAACAAAGAAAGUGUGGAACAAUCAAUUUUAAAAGUGCUGUAACUAAGUUUUCAAAAUGACUUAAUUAUUGUAUGGUAUAGAUUGAAAUAUGUUGAUUAAUUUUGUUAUGAAAUGUGCAUUACUUGGGCAUAUGAAAACAUGACAAUGUACCUUUUAGGUAUGGAACUACCUAAUAAUAAUAAUAACCCAUCUGUAAUGUGUUUUUACACAUUCUUCUAGAUGUAGUAAAUAUGUGGAAAAUGUAUAAGUAGUAUGAAUUAUAGUGAGUUUGUCUAGUUAUAUGUACCGAAUCUCUUUUAUCUUUUUACAUAAAAGUACAUGGACCUUUUUCAGUUGUAGUUUGAAAGCUCACACCAUUAUUUGCCUUGGAAAACCAUUAGGCUAGUGUAUGAUGAACAAUUAUGUCUCCUUAUGAAGCUGUUUAAUUACUCCAGUGUUGUCUUAAUUUGGUUCUACAUUAACACAGAAUUUGGAGAUACCCAGAAGUCAUCUAUUACAGGACAGGCCCAACAAAGAAAAUAACAGAACGCCACUAGCUGUCACCAGCCCCCAACUAAAACCUAUCCAGCGCAUCAUCGAAGAUUUACAACCUAUCUUGAA